GUACCACUGGUUAUUAGGCUGUUAGGGCACCCCUUAGUUCAUAAUUCGUCCCAGACAUCCCGCCUUCCACUUCUUGGUGGCUCUGUCGCUCUGUGCUGCCCCUCACUCUGCUCUCGCCACUCGCUGCGAGUCGUUGUCACUGCUGCUGUCAUCGUCGCCUCGUCUGUGCUCGUAUCAGUCGCCGUCGCCCUAUCAGCUUCGUACCGUUCUGGUUGCACCUUCUCCGUGUUCGGCGCCGCCUCGGCCGCCACCAUCACCGGCAACUGUCUCUUCCUUCCACUGUUUCUUAUCUAAACUAGCUAGCUAACAUGGACGAAAAGUUUGACACCGCUGACAAAAAGGUGCUGGUUGAUAUUGUAAAAUUGGCACAAAAGAGAGGACUGAAAGGCGAAUUCGGAGAAUGGAAAGAAUUUUUGAACAGUCAUGAUAAAAAGUUUGGGGCAGGUGUCAGUGACCCAUCGAAGAGGUCCCAUGAGAUAUUGGCUGCAUUUCUGAAAACAUUUUCAAAUGAGGAUGAUUUGAAGUUUUUUGACAACAUAUUGCGCCAUCAUUCAAAUCAGUAUUUACUGGACCAAUUGAAAGACAAUUCACAUGAUUCUCCCUAUCAGAGUCUAGUCCAACUAACUCUUCAGCACCCCUUGUAUCCAUUGGAUUAUUCAUUUCCAUCAAUUGAUGAGGGAUGGAUAAUUUUAAACCUUAGGAAAAAAAAGAUAAUGAAGUCAACUGAAAUGUUUGCUGUUGAUUGUGAAAUGGUUCUCUGUGAAGAUGGGACUGAAGCAUUAGUAAAAGUAUGUGUGGUAGACCAUAAUUUAGAGGUCAAGCUAAAUGAACUUGUGAAACCGGAGAAAGAAAUUGUAGACUAUAGAACAGAGAUUACUGGUGUUUCUUCUCAAGAUCUAGUGGCAGUCACAUGCUCCUUAUCUGAUAUACAGAAAUCCAUGAAGAAAUUGUUAGCAAAUGGAGCCAUAUUAGUGGGACACAGUUUGCAUAAUGAUCUCCGUGUGCUGAAGGUAUAUCAUGUUAGAGUGGUUGAUACUGCAUAUAUCUUCCAAUCCUCAGAUGGAUCACUUCACAGGAGACCUUCUUUAAAUAAUUUGUGCAAGACUGUGUUAGGUUAUGAAGUUCGAAAAGAUGGAGCUCCACAUAAUUGUCUAGAUGAUGCACGUGCAGCAAUGGAACUUUUUCUUGCAAGGAUCAAGCAUGGUGUUGAUAAAGAUUUUCCGGUUCAACUUCAAGAGCCAGUUUCUGAAAGUGAGAUGGCAAAGCUGCUGCUUCAUAAGAUACCAACUACUGUAAACAGCGAAACACUGGAUAAAGUUCUUCCUGGAGACUACACAAUAGAAGUGAAGCCUUCCAAGAAAGCAGGACAAGGAAAUAAAUACUCUGCCUUUGCUAUAUUUAAGAAUCCACUGGAAGCACACGAUGCCUAUGAAAGUAUCCAAGGCACUGAAUUAAAGGAUUCAAAUGGGAUUCCGCAGAAGCUUGUCAAAUUUCAGCUAGAUACAGGUAUGACUGCAAGUAUUUUUGUUCGGAAGAUGAUGACACGUGAGCCUCGUGACUCUGUUGCGCUGAAGAGAGGUUUACAAACGGACGAUGAAGUUCAUGUUUCCAAGAAAUCAAAGUGUGACAAUGACGCCCAGUUGAAGGAGAUUGAAGCACUGAAUGAACGAUUGAAGGAAAGCGAGUCAGAGAUUGAAUCUUUGAGGGAACAGCUGAAACAGAAGGAUCUUGACAUCGGGUCUUUGAGGGUAGAAUUGAGUAAGAAGGAUUAUGAAAUCAAUAUGCUCAAUAAAAUGGUAGCCUCCAUAAAAAAGAGGGCAAGAAAGUAAAUAUUGUUGGGAAUGCCAUUGCAAUGGUGUUGAAUUGUUUAAUCAAUGAAAUCAUACAUUUAGCUGAUACUUGCAUAUAUUUUCUAGUAACUUCUCAGUUUAAGUUCCAAAACUUAUUCUGUUAUGUCAAUUCAAAUUUUAGUUUUGAAUUGAAAUUUUGCCUCGUAGUUGAGUCGAUAGAAUGAUUAAUCUAACAUCGAAUGUUCUUGCUCAAUACCAUUCAUCAUUGGUAUAUGUUUGACUACAA